AUGGGUCGGGGCAGCAAGGACAAGCGCGACAUUUACUACCGCCAGGCCAAGGAGGAGGGCUACCGCGCGCGUAGCGCCUUCAAGCUACUCCAGCUGGACGAAGAGUUUGACAUCUUUCGCAAUGUUGAACGUGUCGUCGACCUCUGCGCCGCCCCCGGCUCCUGGUCGCAAGUGCUGAGCCAAAAGCUGCGACCCACCGAGAACGACCGCGUCAAGAUUGUGGCCGUUGAUUUGCAAGCCAUGGCCCCUCUGCCUGGCGUGAUCCAGAUGCAGGGCGACAUCACCAAGGAAGCAACGGCCCAAGAGAUUGUGCAGCACUUUGACGGCGGCUAUGCUGAUCUUGUGGUGUCGGAUGGCGCUCCCGACGUGACAGGUCUGCACGACAUUGACGAGUAUGUGCAGUCCCAGCUGAUUCUUGCCGCUCUCAACAUCUCCACCCAUGUGCUCAAGCGUGGCGGCACCUUCAUCGCCAAGAUUUUCCGAGGCCGUGACGUCCAGUUGCUCUAUGCCCAGCUUGAAACCUUCUUUGAUGUCGUGACCUGCAGCAAGCCGCGUUCAAGCCGCAACUCUUCCAUCGAGGCGUUUGUGGUGUGCGUGGGCUACAAUCCCCCCGAGGGCUACACACCACACAUGUCCAACCCCCUUCUGGACCACGACUACGACAAAUACGAAAAUGCGCUGGUGGGCGUCAACCGGGCCAUUGUCCCAUUCCUGGCCUGUGGCGACCUCAACUGCUUUGACAGUGACAAAACGUACCCCUUGGCUGAUGGAGCCGUUCUGAAAGCCCCGACACAGACACCCAUUAGCCCGCCCUAUGCCAAGGCCGUGCGUUUGAAAAAGGAAGCCGCCGUAGGCUUGGGCAAUGUGCAUGUUGAACGCGCCACCGACUCGGCCACAGAGAACCAGUGA